AUAUAAACCACAACUCUCAUCUACCAAUGACUCAACACAUUGCUAGCCAUUCAAUCCUUUCUUCCUCCACCUAUAUAUACAUUAUACACAGACACUCACACACUCAAGAACACUAACAGACACUACGUAUACAAGAACUAGCUAGAUCGAUCCAAACUACAGUUGAAUUAAUGGAGAACGGGCAUGUAAAUGGAGUGGCGACCGAGUUCUGCAUUAAAGAUCCCUUGAACUGGGGAGUUGCAGCGGAGGCAUUGAAGGGGAGCCACCUUGAUGAGGUGAAGAGAAUGGUGCAGGAGUUCAGGAAGCCUGUUGUGAAGCUCGGAGGAGAGACGUUGACGGUGUCUCAGGUGGCGGGUAUUGCUGCUGCCGGUGAUAGCUCCACUGUGAAGGUGGAGCUGUCGGAGUCUGCUAGGGCUGGAGUGAAAGCGAGUAGUGAUUGGGUGAUGGAGAGCAUGAACAAAGGGACUGAUAGUUAUGGAGUCACCACCGGGUUUGGAGCCACCUCUCACCGGAGGACCAAGCAAGGCGGUGCUCUUCAGAAGGAGCUCAUUAGAUUUUUAAACGCCGGAAUCUUUGGCAACGGAACGGAAUCAAGCCACACCCUUCCGCAUUCAGCAACCAGAGCCGCCAUGCUCGUAAGAAUCAACACCCUCCUCCAGGGUUACUCUGGUAUCCGUUUUGAGAUAUUGGAAGCCAUAACUAAGUUCCUCAACACCAACGUCACCCCUUGCUUACCCCUCCGAGGCACAAUCACCGCCUCCGGCGACCUUGUCCCAUUGUCUUACAUCGCCGGACUUCUCACCGGCCGCCCCAACUCCAAAGCUGUCGGCCCCAACGGUGAAAUCCUCAACGCCGAAAAAGCCUUCAACCUCGCCGGAGUUACUGGUGGGUUCUUCGAGUUACAACCUAAAGAAGGUCUAGCACUUGUUAAUGGCACCGCCGUCGGAUCUGGCAUGGCUUCCAUGGUCCUCUUCGAAGCUAAUGUGCUUGCAUUGUUAUCGGAAGUUUUGUCGGCUAUCUUCGCGGAGGUUAUGCAAGGGAAACCAGAGUUUACAGAUCACUUGACACACAAACUGAAGCAUCACCCUGGCCAGAUCGAAGCUGCAGCGAUAAUGGAAUACAUUUUAGAUGGAAGUGAUUAUGUUAAGGCAGCACAGAAGGUCCAUGAAAUGGACCCUUUACAGAAACCCAAACAAGAUCGAUAUGCUCUAAGGACUUCACCACAAUGGUUGGGGCCACAUAUCGAGGUCAUCCGAUCAUCUACUAAAAUGAUCGAGAGAGAGAUCAACUCCGUCAACGACAACCCUCUGAUCGAUGUUUCCCGGAACAAGGCCUUACAUGGUGGUAACUUCCAAGGAACUCCUAUUGGAGUUUCCAUGGACAACACACGUUUAGCCAUUGCCUCCAUCGGAAAACUCAUGUUUGCUCAAUUCUCCGAACUCGUAAACGACUUCUACAACAAUGGCUUACCUUCAAAUCUUUCAGGCGGACGAAACCCUAGCUUAGAUUAUGGAUUCAAAGGUGGAGAAAUUGCCAUGGCUUCAUACUGUUCCGAACUCCAGUUUCUUGCAAAUCCGGUGACAAACCAUGUCCAAAGUGCUGAACAACACAACCAAGACGUAAACUCUUUGGGGUUGAUUUCAGCAAGAAAAACAGCCGAAGCUGUAGAAAUCUUGAAGCUCAUGUCAUCUACAUACUUGGUAGCUCUAUGCCAAUCCAUUGAUUUGAGACAUUUAGAAGAGAACAUGAAAUCCACAGUGAAGAACACAGUUAGCCAAGUAGCCAAAAAGGUCCUAACCAUGGGUGUCAACGGCGAGCUCCACCCCUCAAGAUUCUGUGAAAAGGACUUGCUUCGAGUAGUUGAUAGGGAGUACGUGUUUGCAUACAUCGACGACCCUUGCAGCGCCACUUAUCCAUUGAUGCAGAAGCUUCGACAAGUUCUUGUAGACCAUGCUUUAAACAAUGGCGAAACUGAGAAGAACACUAGCACUUCAAUCUUCCAAAAGAUCAGUGCUUUUGAAGACGAAUUGAAAGCCAUUUUGCCCAAAGAAGUCGAGGGUGUAAGAAUUGCAUAUGAGGAUGAUACAUUGACAAUCCCAAACAGAAUCAAGGCUUGUAGAUCAUACCCAUUAUAUAGGUUUGUAAGGGAAGAACUCGGAAGUGGGUUCUUAACAGGUGAGAAGGUGACGUCACCAGGGGAGGAAUUCGAUAAGGUGUUCACGGCAAUGUGCAAAGGCCAACUCAUUGAUCCUUUGUUGGAGUGUGUUCAAGGUUGGGAUGGUGUUCCUCUUCCAAUCUCUUAGAAGUAAAUGAGAG